UCCACACGCCCCAUCGCCUGCUGCAGCCUGCUAUUCUCCGUUUGUUCCCUUUCUUUGACACGUGGUUCCAAAUCUUUCCUGGCGGGACGCCCUUUGGAGUGCUGAGUAGGACGACCUUUUGAGUCUACUUUCCAACUUCCCGGACCCUCGCCGCGGUUCGUUGCGAUCGCGCCUGCCAGUACUUGCUCAACCAGCCAUGGCUGUAACAGAGGUGACGUCAGCAGAGGCGUUCAACACAUCAGUGAAGGAAGGGGCGCCAGUGGCGGUGCAUUUCUGGGCGGCAUGGUGCGAGCCGUGCAAGCACAUGGACGUGGUGUUUGCGCAGCUCGCAGCAGAGAACCCCCACGCAAAGUUUCUACGGGUGGAGGCAGAGGAGGUGCCUGACCUCUCCGAGACAUACUCCGUGUCGGCCGUACCCUUCUUCCUCUUCUUCAAGGAUGGCAAGGUGGUCGACAGGCUAGAGGGCGCCAAUCCUCCGGAGCUGUCCCACAAGGUGGCUCUGCACGUGGCUGCACGGUCCCCAGCCGUCACUGCUGGCGGCUUUGCUGCUGCUGAGGUCAUCGAAUCCGUCCUUCAUUCUGCCCGCACCGCCUCUUACUCCACACCACCUGCUGCUACUCCUGCUACUGCGUCUUCCACCGAUCCUAAUACCCAGCCAGAGCAGCCCUCCAGAAUGAUCGCUCCGCCCGCAGGUUCGGACAAGCCGAAGCUGUCCCCGGACCUGAAGGCUCGGAUCGAGGCUCUCCUGGCCUCCCACCCGGUGCUCCUUUUCAUGAAAGGCUCCCCCAGCGCCCCCCGCUGCGGCUUCUCCUCUAAAGUCGUAUCUGUGCUCGAAAAGGACUUAGGCUCUGCGGCUUCUGGAGCGUAUGGGUCGUUUGAUAUUCUAGGUGAUGAGGAGAUAAGGCAGGGUUUGAAGGUGUAUAGUGACUGGCCGACUUUCCCCCAGGUGUACUGUAAGGGGGAGCUGGUGGGGGGGUGCGAUAUCGUGCUGCAGAUGCACGAGAGUGGAGAGUUGAAGGAGCUGUUUGUGGAAAAGGGGGUGGUGGGUGGAGGAGGGAGUGGUGCAGCAGCAGUAGCAAGUGAAGCAGCAGGAGCAGGGGCAACAGGAGCAGGGGCAACAGUAGCUGAUGGGAAGGUGGGCGGAGAGAAGGGGUUGCAAGAGCGGCUACAGGCACUCGUCUCGAAAUCACCCACCAUGCUCUUUAUGAAGGGCACCCCUGAGGAGCCCCGGUGUGGGUUCAGCCGCAAGGUGGUGGAUGCACUGCGCUCAGAAGGGAUCCCGUUCGGCAGUUUUGACAUUCUAGCGGACGAGGAAGUGAGGCAGGGGCUGAAGUCGCUCUCCAAUUGGCCCACGUACCCGCAGCUGUACCACAAGGGCGAGCUGGUUGGUGGAUGCGACAUCGUGCUUGAAAUGAAAGCCAAUGGGGAGCUCAAGGCGGAGCUUGCGGGAUGAGACGAGUGUACUGUCGCAGGUAGGAUAAGGGGGACCUGGUUGGUGGAUGCGGCAUUGUGCUUGAAAUGAAGGCCAAUGGGAUCUCAAGGUGGCGCUUGCGGGAUGAUAGGGAUGUAAGGUAGGAGAGAUAGUAAUUGAUUGGAUAUUGCUGCCAUUCUGUCCCUAGGUACCGCUACCUACCUAGUCCAUAUGAAAUGAUGCCAGGUUCUGUCCGUUCCGUGCCCUCUUCUCUAGUGGACUGGGCAAUGGGUGUGAAAGUAGCGCGACCAAUAAUGUGACUAGGAAGGGAGAAGGGGGGGAUACAAGU